AUGUCGACCCGCUCACAUCAGGGUUGCUGGACAUGUAAACGGCGGCGGCGUCGCUGCGACAAAGCACGCCCUUCGUGCCAAAAUUGCACCGAGCGCGGAGCCACGUGUGAGGGCUAUGAGGUUCGGCUAAGAUGGGGUACGGGGAUUGCGUCUCGCGGUCGCUUUACUGGUGCUGAUAAACCAGUUAAGAAUUCUGUGCCGCCGAGGCAGAAAGGGAGGCAGAGAGAUCUUAGUAAGGAGAGGAGAAGGCGGAUUGAAUUGGAGGGGGAUUCGGUUUCGGAUGGGAGUCGGGAGUUGGAGCUGGCGGUUUCGCGGAGGGAGGUCGAGGACGAGGUUCUUUUCAAUGAAUUUAUGAGCAAUGGCAUUAAUAUGCUUCAUUCGACAACAGCAAGAGAUAUCAUGCUUCUUCCGCGUCUCCCGCAGCUUUGUCAAGAAUCAAGCGCCUUGUAUUCUAUCUGCAUUGCAUUCCAACUCGCACUAUCGAGCACGGUCUCCUCUCAGUUCUGUGAAUACUUCGACACUGCAUUGAGGACCUUUCGAUCAGAACUGGCGCACAGCAUAACCCUAUCUGAUGGGACGUUGAUUUCGGGGCUGCUGCUGUGUAGCAUUGGCCUAAUGCAUGGCCUGCCCUGGAUUAUGCAUUUAGAAGGUAUGCACAAUAUCCUGCAGAGCCAGGGCCUUGAUGGGUUUCACCACCACUCUACGCCAACUCACUUUCGUCUCUACCUCCUCGAGGUGAUGGGGGUAAUGGACCUGACUUGCUUUUCUGUCGGCCGCCAGGCCCCAGAGAUUGGUAUCUGGCGUCGGUAUUGCCAGCCGACGGCACCCAGGUAUGGUAUUGAGCCUGUCAGCGGUAUUCCUCGUACACUACUGGACAUCUUUUCUGGGAUUGGCGCAGAGACUACGGAGCAGACUUUAUGGGACUGGCCAGGCGAGCCAGGGAGCUUUUUGCAGUGUUACUUGUGGGAGGCGCAUCGAUUGGCUGGUAUCCUGACCGUCAGAAAACAAGCCAACACUUCUUCUCCUAUUCCUGAUAACAAGAUUUCGGCAUGGCGACAUCCUGGCAAGUGCUCGGCAGAGACAUAUGUUCUUGUUGCACGAAUCUUGGCUAGCCUUGAUGCUCUCCGUCUCGCGUUAAUUGAGCGCCCGACGGAAGAUGUCUACAUCACGAAUGCAACCCUGUUUCCUAUGUUUGUCGCCGGAUUGGAAGUCAGUAUCAUGUGCCGCAAGCCUGAAUGGCAAGAAAUUAUUAGGAAGACUUUGAUAGACUCGCAUCAGAGUGAAAUCCUUCUUAGUCUGCUGGAAGAGUUAUGGCAGAAGGAAGAUCCAAACCUGAGUGUGCAUGAGUUGGCUCGACAAAGAGGUCUGGAGAUGGGCUUGAUAUGA